AUGGAUGAAUUUGGAGGUUUGGUUGAGAGCAUUGGGUUCAAAUCCCAAGGGAAAUCAGCUCCCAUGGCCAAAUUGAAGUCGAAACCCAAUUUCAGUAGCAGUGAUGGAUUCCCUCAAAGCUUAGGCACCCAUUCAACGAUAUCUAAUGAUUCCUCUUUUAUUGUUGAUGAUCUUGAUGGGAUUUUCAGAUCCAAUGUCAAUAUCAGCAAUCGAAAAUCGCACAAUUAUUUUGAUGAUGAUGAUAUUUUCGGCGGGCCCUUUUCGAGUACAAAUCAAUCUGGAGGCAUUGACUUGGAUUCCGUGUUUAAGAGUUCGACUAAUUCUUCCAAUGAUAAGAAUUCAUUCGGUUCCAAUGGGCAUGAUGACUUGUUGUGGUCAGCGCCAAAAGGAACGAAUUCUGUUGAUGAUUUGUUAGGGAAUUUUGGGACGAAAUCAAGUAGUUUGAAGGGAAAAAAGGAGGAAAAUGGGCCACGAUUUGAUGAUCUGAUCCCUGGAUUUGAAGGAACUAGCCCAUCGAAUAAUGGAGCGCACUCCGACACAAAGCAGUCAAGUGGGCAUUCAUCAAACUCAGAUUCCAUGUUGGUGGAUGAUCCUUUUUUAUUUUUUGAAUCCUCUGUAUCCCAGGGAGAUGCUUCUUGGCCAUUUGCUGGGUCUGUGGAACAAAAUGCAGGAAACGGCUCAGUUCAAUCUUCAAUUGAUGAACUUGAAGAUUUUGCCAUGGGUAAAGCCCAGUAUGAUGCAAAUACUGAUAGAACAGGGAAACUGAAACAUGUGACGAGUGCAAAUGAUAGACCAUAUUCGGAGAGAAUUGGAAAUAUAAAAAUUUCUCUGGGAAAAAAGAAGGUAGAUCCAAAUGUGAGAGAACUCAAAGGAAAACAGGAGACACUUCACAAAAGUCAAAGCACAAAUGAAGAACGACCACAAAGGGCCAAUGAAGUAAAGAAUAAGGGAUUUGAGAAUGAAGGUGAUUUUGAUAAGUUUUUUGGCGAAGGUGUACAGUCAAACCAUAUGGCAAGGCGAAGUUCUACAACUGAGGACUCCCUGUUUGAUACGCUAUUCCAUGAGAAAAGAGAGUCUGAGGUUAAGAGUACUUCUUCGUCGUCAGUCAGCACAAAGAAGGCACCUUCAAUGACAAAUAAUGUUGAUGACUUCUCUUCACUUUUUGGAGAUGACGCUUCUUCCGGAGAAUUUAAGGAAAAAGAAGGGGAAAGUGAAGAACGACGCAGAGCAAGACUAAAUCAUCAUAUGAGGACCCAAGCUCGUAUGGCUAAAGCAUUGGCUGAUAAGAAUCAACGUGAUCUUCAGGCACAAUGUGAACAGGAGGAGAGACAUAUGCUUGCUGAAACUAUGGACAAUGAUAUAAAGCGUUGGGCUGCAGGAAAAGAAGGAAAUUUGAGAGCUCUGUUGUCUUCGUUGCAGCAGGUGUUAUGGCCUGAAUGUGGUUGGCAGCAAGUUUCAUUGACUGAUUUAAUUACUUCUACAUCAGUGAAAAAGGUUUAUUAUAAAGCAACCUUAUGUGUCCAUCCAGACAAGGUUCAACAGAAAGGAGCCAGUCUCCAACAAAAAUACAUUGCUGAGAAGGUUUUUGAUCUUCUGAAGGAAGCUUGGAACAAAUUCAAUUCUGAGGAAAUGAGAUGA